UUAGAUUCCUGCAGAGAAUCAGCAGAAAGGUUCUGUAGGUUUGUCUCUUCUCUUCUGGACUCUUUCUACUGAAGCAGGAGGUUUUAUUUUUUAUAUUUAUAGAUUCUAUUUUCUGCCUCUGAGGUGUUUGAAAAUGAAUCCUCCAUGUGGAAGAUGCAACAAACCAGUUUAUCCAACAGAGAAGAUCAACUGCCUCGAUAAGUUUUGGCACAAAGGUUGUUUCAGCUGUGAGGUUUGUAAAAUGGCUCUGAGUAUGAACAACUACAAAGGCUUCGACAAGAAACCCUACUGCAGCAUGCAUUACCCUAAAACCUCGUUCACCAUCGUCACCGACACUCCAGAGAACCUCCGUCUGAAACAACAGACCAUGCUGAACAGCCAGGCGCUCUACAAGGAGGACUUUGAGAAGAACAAGGGGAAAGGUUUCAGCGUUGUGACCGACACUCCGGAGAUGCAGAGACUGAAGAAGACGCAAGACCAGAUCAGCAAUAUAAAAUACCAUGAAGAGUUUGAGAAGAGUAAGAUCCGCAGCGACGCACCUCCACCUGAAAACAGACAAGACUAUGAGGACCAACCGUCCAACCCUGGAAGAUUCAGUCAACCUGCAGUCCAGAUGCGUCCUGCUGCUGUAGCUCCGCCUGGUGGAGGGAAGCGCUACCAGGCCCUGUACAGCUACAUGGCAGCAGAAGCAGAUGAAGUUUCUCUGCAGGAAGGUGACCUGAUCCUGGACGUGGAGCCCAUCGAUGAAGGCUGGGUGUUUGGAUGCAACCAGAGAACGGGACAGCGAGGGAUGCUGCCGGCUAACUACGUCCGACCGGUUUGAAGCCGCCAUGAGGCGAUAACUCCUGCAAAUCAGGCUUCUAUUGGAAAUCAACUUUUACUAAUGAAACAUACCGUUUUAAAAGCCUGGUUAUGCUUUGCUUCUUUUGUCAGAAAUGUGAUUUUUAAAUAUAAUUCAAGAGGUAGUACUUAUAGGUUAAAAAAUGACUUCGGGGAAAACAAUGAUCCUAAAAACAGUGAAAUGGAAGCAGACUGUGGAAUAAACUCUAACAACACAUUCUUUAUAUGUUCCGUAACUUGUCCUCAGUAUCUUUUUGUAAAUAUCAUUAAAACACCUGUUUGAUAUAAAUCUGAGGCAGAAAAUCUGAUAUUUUAUGGUUAAAAAAAUCACUGAAUCUGAUUCAAGUUAAAGUGAAAUAUUUAACUUUGUGUGUCAGAUUUGUUUUUUUAAACAAAUUUUGCUUCAUUCUUGCUUUCGUUCUGCAGCUUUUUUUCUGGUGGAAAUAAAUCCCACAGAUAUGCA